UGGGUCUCACAGGCAAGCGGAUCCAAAACAACAACAAUCACAAAGACAAGAUACAAUCUCAACGAUGUCACAUUAAUCAUCAAUUUGGGAUCAUCUGAGGAUUUUAGCUGCUGUUAAGGGAUUUCACCGGUACGGCCCAUGGACCCAUUCUUCUGGUGAACGGACACUGAGGAGCUCACCUAAUACUCUGCAGGGAUUAGUUAUAAGGGAUGGACAUGGCCUCUGCGGGUGAACGGAGCACGGAGUGCCAGCUGGUCUCUGAGGACAUGGAGGGCAUCUGCGUGUUGCCAGAUAUGGGGGCCAUCAAGGCCGAGCACCAGGUGGGAGUGGCAGGGGAGGAGGGCGGGUCCCAGAAUGUCGCCAUGGGUAUCAAGUUCAUCCUGCCCAAUCGCUUUGACAUGAACGUCUGCUCGCGCUUCGUCAAGUCGCUCAACGAGGAGGAUAGUAAAAAUAUCCAGGACCAGGUUAACUCCGAUUUGGAGGUGGCAUCAGUCCUGUUUAAAGCGGAGUGCAACAUUCAGACGUCCCCGUCGCCAGGGAUCCAAGUGCGUCAUGUCUACACACCGUCCACCACCAAGCACUUCUCCCCUAUCAAGCAGUCCACUACGCUCACGAAUAAGCACCGUGGCAAUGAGGUGUCCUCAACUCCGCUUUUGGUGCACUCACUGUCCAUUCAUCAGCUUGCAGCUCAAGGAGAGAUGGUGUUCUUGGCAAGCAGAAUUGAGCAAGAGACAGUGAUAAACCUGCAGGAUGAGGAAGGAUUCACCCCCCUGAUGUGGGCUGCAGCACAUGGGCAAAUUGCUGUGGUGGAGUUCCUGCUUCAGAACGGGGCAGACCCCAACCUCCUGGCUAAAGGGAGAGAGAGCGCGCUGUCGCUGGCCUGCAGUAAGGGCUACACUGACAUCGUGAAGAUGCUCAUCGACUGCGGCGUGGAUGUCAACGAGUAUGACUGGAACGGCGGAGCUCCUUUGCUGUACGCAGUUCACGGGAACCAUGUGCGCUGUGUGGAAAUCCUUCUAGAGAGUGGAGCUGAUCCUACCAUUGAGUCUGACUCUGGCUUCAAUGCUAUGGACAUGGCAGUGGCAAUGGGCCACAGGAAUGUUCAACAGGUCAUGGAAGCACAUCUACUGAAGCUUCUACAAGGAAUUAAAGAAUGACUGGACAGGAUGAAGAUGACUGCACACAAUGCACUUGAGUUGAACACUGAUGAACCUUCCGCAUGUUAGUGGUACAGCUCCGGAUGGAUCAUGUCUACCUGAGGCUGUUUUUUAAAUCCACUUACAUCCAGUACAACUCAUUGUUUUUAGCUUGAUUUUUGGUUUAAGUGCAAAAUAUGUACCUGUUCACUUUUUUGUACAGCAGUACACCCAUGAAGAAACCGUUUCUAACAGUUUUUUACAAAGCAGUAGUGUCAUUUAAUGUGUGCAAAGGCUUUAUUCUGAGGACACGCUACAGUAAUUUGUUUUUUUCGUAUUAACUUCAGAAAUUACUGUUAUAUGUAGUGAAUGGUUUGUGUGGAUUUUUGCCAUAUUUUAUUUCUGUGGUCAUGAAUGUUGUAGGUUAUACAAGAUUAUUAAUUUAUUUAUUUAGGAACCUUCAAGGUUGCGUUGUGAAUAAAGCCCUCCUUCUCACUUUAUAAUUUUUAUGUUUACUUAGACCGAUGAUUUUGUAACAAACAAAACAGAACAAAAAACUGAGCAUGCCAUUCAUAGGUCUCUUUCCUAAUGUUUUCUGUGUGGUGCUACUUUCAUAUUCAUUGUAAAUAGACAAUUUUGACAAAUAUCUGUGCUUCUUUAAAUUACUUAUUUGGGGAUGUUUUCAAGCCAACAUACAUUUUGGGAAAAUAGGACAAAAACUUAUACCUUGGGCAUUCCUUAUUUCUGAGGGCUGUAAAGUUCACCAAUUUUCAGAUAUAAGGAUUUUAUUUUGUGUGUUAUGGUUCACUUUUGUGAUUACUUCACCCAUGUUUCCUUGUGGCAAACCAAACAAUUCAGUAAAUGAAUAACAAAAAUAUAUUGUGGCUAGUUUAACACAAGAUUUGAAUUGCAGGAACAAUAGUGGUCAUAACAUACUUCCCUUCAUGCCUCCUUUUUUGUUGUCAGCAGAAGGAAAAAUGAAGAACUCCACUGCUCACCCAUUGACGUUUAUGGCUUUCCCAUCACUUUGUAGAAACUGCCACUUGAAUGUUAUUUUGGUCUUAUAAACCAUUUUGAUA